GUAGUCAUUGUUUUCCUGCUCCUCCUCGUUGCCGCUCCUGUCCUCAUCAUGUCCUUCUUCCCUUCAGCAGCGAGUACAAGCACAACUGCUACUCUUGGAGACGUUUCCAAGGAUGUUGAGGUACAACAACCUCCCACAGACUCUAUCUCAUGGAUGGCUUUCUCACCCACAGCCGAUAUUCUGGCUGUAAGUACAUGGGAUAAUGCUGUCCGUGCAUAUGAGAUGGGACCGGCGGGCGUGACGCAGGGCAAGUUUAUGUACACACAUGAACAGCCUGUUUUGUCUGUGUGUUGGAGUCGAGAUGGUUCGAAAGUAUUCUCCGGUGGUGCAGACAAGAUCGCCAAAGUGUACGAUGUAGCCUCGGGACAGUCCACGCAGGUCGCUGUCCACGACGAACCGAUUAAGGCUGUGCGUUGGGUGGAUCAGGUCAACGUGCUGGCCACCGGGGGUUGGGAUAAACUGAUCAAAUACUGGGACAUGCGAUCAUCUCAACCAGUGGCUACUGUCACCUUGACACACAAGGUUUACGGGAUGGACGUCCAAUACCCGUUACUUGUCGCGGCAACUGGCGACCGCCAAAUCGCAAUGAUCAAUCUAACCAAUCCUAGUACUAUCCACCGCAGUAUACCAAGCCCGCUGAAACAACAAACCCGUUGUAUAACAUGUUUCCCAAGCGCGGACGGAUUUGCACUAGGAAGCAUAGAAGGGAGGGUGGCAAUCCACAAUGUCGACGAACAGAACACGACAUCCAAUUACUCUUUCCGAUGCCACCGGAAGGAUGGGCCUACGAAGUCACAGGAUGAUGUGUACUCCGUGAACGAUAUCAAGUUCCACCCAGUUCAAGGCACAUUCUCGACUGCUGGCUCCGACGGAGGAUUUACUUUUUGGGAUAAAGAUGCAAGAAGUCGGUUGAAAAGCUUUGAACCAACGAAGAGCUCUAUAUCGACAACAUGUUUCAACGCAAGCGGCACUGUCUUUGCAUAUGCGGUGUCUUACGACUGGUCGAAAGGAUACACUGGUAAUGUGAGUGGUCAUCCGAACAAGAUCAUGCUGCACCCGAUCAAGGAGGAAGAGGUGAGGAAGAGACCACCGAAGAAGUAGAGAUUCGCUGCAGUACGCUUUCUGCGACUCCAUUCAGGAUACCUUGUAGUUAUCUUUUUGGGAGCAUACGUUCUGUUGUCAAU